AAAAAGAUCAUUAUAAAGCGAUGCGCAUGUUAGAGACAGCUACGCCAAGUGGUUUUUCGGUUCAACCUCCGUUCAAGGCCUCAAGUAUGCCGCUGUCUUGUUCUAAGUUCUAACCGUUUGCCAGAUGCCGCUGCGAUUCCUUCCGACGUAAGCAAUGAUUGCAAUGCUGGUCCACUGUUCGCUGGCAUAGACGUAGCCGCUUCCGACGUGUACGCGUAUUCUACUGCUAUUUUUGCCCAUGCCGAUACAUUCCCUGCAGCUUCUCGGAACCGAGUAGCUUCCGGCAGCGACCAACGCACGCCGGCGACCUGUCAACACCGGCAGGUAUAUAAACCCGCGACAGCACACCAGACAAGGCUCCUGCUUUCCACAUCGGCACGAACCAACCAAACCAACUCGCCGGCGGCUCGGCACGGAUUGCUCGUCACGACUCCGCUCCGACGCAUCGACAGGGGAAAAGGCACGUUUUUGCACGCGCGAGCGCUGAGCGCACGCGAGGUCGACGUCGACCAUCCAUGGCGGUCCCGGAGGCGCGUGCGCGUUCGUCCAAGGAGGAGGAGGGGAAGGAGGCGCACAGGAACAAGAAGCGGUCGUCGAUCCUGGGGAGCCUCCGGGAGGCGAUCAGGAAGGUCCGGUUCCUGCUCUCCUUCAGCGCGACGCGGUGGAUGCUGCUCACCUCCGCUGGUGUCCGGGGCGCGCCGCCGCGCCGCGGCCUCAGCUUCGGCCCGCGCCCGGGGCUCCUCGACCUCGACGUCGAGGGCGGCGUCGUGUCGCCGGCAGGCAGCUCCCGGACGUCCAGGUCCGCGAGCAUGGGGACGGCGACCACGAGGACCCUGUCGCUGGGCAGCAGCGAGGUGUCGCCGGGGGCCCCGAGGAGGACGUCGUCGUCGUGCAGCGGCCGGUCGCCGGCGUCCUCGGCAGGGAACGAUGACAUCGACCAGCACGCGGAGCAGUUCAUCGCUAACUUCUACCAGCAGCUGCAGAUGGAGCGGCAGGUGUCGCUGCAGCUGCGAUACGUCAGGGGGGACAGCUUGGACAGGACUCCAUGAGCCUUCUCCUUCCUGGGGAUGAUCCGUAGGCCCAUAGCAAGAUAGGAUUGCGAGGUAGAGAUCCGGUAAUCCUGAUCCUGAUCCUUUACUUUGCGGAGGGCGCUGGGAAUGGAUUUAGAUGUGUAUUUUUCCCUGUCAUUUCUGCACAUUCUCUUGUUUUCUACAGUACAGUUUGUGAUUUUUUUUAACUGAUGAUGGUUGGGAGAGUGUGUGAAUACAAAAUAUUAGUUGGCAUUUGGCCGGCAAUAUUUAAGCAGAUGUUCAGUUCUGAAUUUUGGUUAGGAAAAAUUAUGGUACGUGAGGAAAGAGGAAGCAUGCUCAA